AUAUAUUCUAUGAUAGUUGGAAUGAUAUGAAACGUGCCAUUAUUACUUUAAUUAGAGAAGAAGGUGGCAUGGAUGAGGUAAAUCAAAGAUUACAAUUAUUAGAAGAAUUUGUCGCAGAGGUAGUAAAGGCGCAAGUGUUGGUGGAUGACUUGGAACCAAUGCAGGCACAGCAAAAGGCAUUAAACAACUUAUUAGAUGAAUUAGAAAACUUAAAAAUUGAUUAUGAUUUUGUGUACUUACGACGACCCGAUGCAAUUACCACUGAAUUUGCUGAAAAUUGGGCAAAGGUUCCAGAAUACUUGAACGAACGAAUCAUAAAACAAACGACUGCAAUUGAAAAUCUAAAUCACUUUACAGCGGAAUAUAACGCCAUCAUUGUGGUUUUACGUAAACUAGAGUCCACACUUAAACAAGAUGGAGAUACUUUAAAUGUCCGAAACAGUGAGAUGGAUAAUCAACGUUUUAACAUGGAGUUGCGUAAGAUCGAAAUCGACGUUAUAAGUGCUCGUAACUUCAGCGAGAUUAUUAUAAAGGAUGCGGAAAAUACACAUCGCACACAUUUGCUGAACCAAAUAAAGGAAUUGAAUGAAUUUUUCGCAAAUGUGCAGAAUUUGCAUAAGGAUUAUGUAUACAAAAGAACACAAAUACUUGCCAAAACUGAAGAGAUUUUCGACCGUUUGAAUAAAACAGAAGAUUGGCUUAGCGAACUCGAAAUAAAUACGCCAAAAACGAAAAUUUCCGAGAUAAUGAACUCCAAUGAACUCUUCCAGAUAAAAUCCAAAUUUCAGACAUUGAAAGAAACAUGUGAACGUGAGACAGAUAACUUUCGAGAGCUGAACGAUCACGGCGGGGAUAUUUUAUUACAAAUAGACGAACUCAAAUCGACGGGAGAAGAAAAAGUAGAUUCAGAAUAUGCCUUGUUAACAAAGAAAGUUACACGUUUAAACGCGCGUUGGACGCAGGUCACGGAAUUAGUUUAUGCAAAAACAGCUUUACUAGAACAUAUAUCAACACAGUUAGGUGAGUUUAAAAAGUUUAUGGUGUCUGAAUCGGGUUAUUUAGAUCGUCUGGAAAAUAAAAUCCGCAGUACACCAGAAAAUGCAGAUGCAGAAGAAAUCAUAGAAGAGCUGGAUGAUUUGGAGAAUGUAUUACGUGCGCAUUCCGAUGAAUGGCUUGAAAAAAUUCAAGAAAUUGGCAGUGAGCUAAUUGAAAAUGAGUUUAUGGCCAACUCAGUAAGAGAAGAGAUCGACACAAUUGUAGAGCGGUGGACUCAACUACAAUAUAAGGCUAAACAGCGUACUGAAAUAUUAGAGAAAGAAGUCAGUGAAGCUGAACAAUCUGAAAAAUGUAUAGUACAAUUCGAAGCUUGGCUUACCCGUGUCGAUGAGAUACUCAGCGAGCAUCUGGAAAAUGAUGUUACAAUUGAGGAUCUUCCUGAAGAGUUUCAACGGUUGGUUAAAGAAUUUGAGGUAAAUGAAAAAUCCUUCAAAGAAAUCGAAGAUGUUAUAAUGGAACUUACACGCAAUGGAAAGCUGGAAGCUGCUAACCGCUUACAAGAACAGCUAAAUCUUAUGGAGUUACGCUUUAAGGCAUGUCAAAUUAAACUGAACAAGUGCACUGCCCCACAGCCAGCUUAUGAAUCACGUCUGAAUCGUGCUGUAGCAGAGUUAAGAAACGUGGAACGGUCUACACUGGUGUUAGAUGUAGCUUCUGCUGGUCCGAGCACUGUACAAAUACAGUACCAAAAGUGCUUGCAAAUUUAUCGUACGUUGUCAGAAAUUAAGUCUGAAAUUGAGAGCACUAUAAAAACGGGGCGCAAAGUUUGUGAAGACAAGUUCACAAAAUCACCGAAGCAUUUAAGUCAACGUAUAGACGCUCUAAAGCACCUCUACAAUGCGUUGGGAGAAAAUGUAACGCAAUCUAAAAUCUUUUUGGAGACUUUAUUGAAACUAGCACAUCAACUUGAUGAUUGCUUUGAUAGUGCCGAACAGCUUAUACUUCGUUUUGAGGCACUUCAAGAAAUGCAUGAACGCAACACUGUAUUUUUAGAUCUGGAAGAUGUCUUACAAAAAUGUGAAGACAUUUACGAAGAAUACAGGCAAUCAUGUGAUCAGACCUGUAUGGAGGACACACGUAAGAGGAUUGAUAAGCUUAAAGCCACUUACUUAAAGCAUACCAGCGCUGAUGUGAUAAAACGACUCACCGAAAUGAAAACCACUUUACAAAAUUUGGAUAAUAUAUCGUUGGAAACUCUAAGGGCAAUGGAACAUGAUUUAAAGCAGAUUAAUGUACCCUCGAAUCCUGAAAUUGAGAACUUACAGCAACAAGUGAUUGCAAUUGUAGUGGAUGCGGUUAAGACCCUUUUUGAUGAAGCUUCAACACUAGAAGCUGACUUACCUGCUGAUUCGUCAAUCAAGACACAUACAAAUUUAGAUGAAGACACUGAAAUUGUUAUUGUAAGUGACACUGUGCGACAGCGUCGUGCAAGAACACCUUCGGCAAAUGAUGCAAAUACAACGCAAACCAGUAUUGAAUCAAACUCUCCAACACGCGUUAUGAAAGAGGAACAAACUAUUGAGCAGCAAGUGCUCCCAGACUUAUUGCCUCCGCAAACAUUUCGAUUGGCUGAAUCGAGUUCAUUAUUUUCUCAAAUAUCUCUAAAUCCUCAAAGUUUAACAGAACAGAAUGAAGUUAGAAACAAUUCCCAUAAGUUGCCAAAAAGCAAAAGUGGAGAAAAUCACGCCCAAAUGGUCGAAAUCAAAGCAAAAAAUAUUCAAAACGAUAAAAUGUCCGUGCAGAACAUAGAGUUGGAGCCACACAUAGGCGAAAUAGUCGAUACAGUAAACAUUUUAGAGAGUGUUGAGCCUUUCGUGCCAGAAUAUGUAGAAACUGUACAAAUUAUAGAUCUAUCUGAAGACUCAGAUUCGUCUAUGCGAAUAGAUGCUGAUGGCAAAGAAGUCCGAAGAAGUAAAAGCAAACGUUCGCUCUGUGAGUCUCCUAAAGUUAUGUUUAGCGAAGAAGUAGAACUGAGACCCGAAGCUAAUAACACUAGCACUCCGAUAUUGCGUGUAGAAAAGCAAAGAAUUUCUUUUGAGGAAAAACGUAAACGUAUGGAAAAUGAACGUGACAUAUUACGUGACUCGGAAGAAGAAUGCGAUGACGAUUCCAAAGAAACUGAAUUAAAGCAGCCUAAAGCUAAGCGUUGGCGUCAAUUGAAAAUGACAGUUGAAAUACCAACUGAGAGUUUAAGUGGACUUGAACUAGAACGAAAUAGUUUUUACAAUGCUGAUAAGGAAACUAGUUUUGAUGUAGAACCUUUGGUUUUUUCUGACGAUGAAGAAAUUCCGCGCUUCUCAAUGGAAAUGACACCAACUUUUGAUUCCGAUAGUGAUACGAGUCGCAUGGAAACACCCUCAACUAAAAAAUCGGACUCUUGCCAUAACAAAGUACUGUCAAAUUCCACUUCCAUAGAUGAUUCUAAUAUAACACUUCAGAGUCCGGAUAUGGAAAUAUUAAGUAACAACGUCCGCAUGUCAGACUCAUCUUUAGAACAAAGAGUAAAUGAGUUUGAAAAGAUGUCCAAAUAUAUGAUUAGAAAAUUGGAAACCACUAAGGAACUUAUAGAAAAUUGCCCUGACGGUGAAGCUGCUGUGGAAGAUCUGAAAUUAAUAAUUGCUCCUGAUGCUGCAACUUUAAUUUCUCAGGGGGACUCACUGGUGCUUGAAACGCAUGGUAAACAGGGCAGCGUUUCUCGACUUGUAAUGAAAACACAAAUUAUUUUACGUGAAAAAUUUCGUGAAGUGCAGCAGUCAAAGUCUAAAGUUCCUGAAGUAACUGCGACCAACGAUAACGGUGAAACAUCAAGUCCUCGUUCCACUUUAGAAAAGUUGAGCAUAAAAGGUAUCAAUGUAGAGGAAUUAGUUUGCAAAGGACUCAAGCGUAUUAAUGAUUUGAUUGAAAAGCCAGUAGACCAUAAUUCAAUAGAGGAACUGGAACGACGGCUUAAUGAAGUGAAUGAUCGACGUGACGAUUUAAAAUUGAUUGUCAAUGCGAUUGGGAAAAGUGAACAAAUGCCAAAGAUAAAUGCUGUCAUGAUGGACGAUAUUGAAAAGGUGAGUUUUCCGUAUGCAGAAAAUGUCCUUUGCUCCAUCAUAAGCAAUAAGGAAGUACUCAGCAGUGUGCAAAUGGCGCCAAAUCGUUUCUUAAAUGUUAAAAUUUACCUUGAGAGAAGUAUUUUUCCAUUUAGUACAGUACGUGCUGCUAGACGUCUUGUUCAAGUUAAGUGCAUUUGCCAUUUCGAACUGGCACAUGAACGUCAGGACAUACAGAAGAAAACUUUUACUAAAUGGAUCAACUCACAUUUAGGAAAAACCCAGUGUCCUCAAAUAAAUGAUUUAUUCACUGAUCUAAGAGAUGGGAACCGUCUGCUAGCUUUGCUCAGUGUGCUAACACAGUCUCAAUUGAAACCAGAAAAAGGACGUAUGCGUGUGCAUCACAUUAACAAUGUAAAUAAGGUCCUGCAAGUCAUUCAAGAACAUGGCGUAAAAUUGGUGAACAUAUCCAGUGAUGAUAUCGUCGGCGGUAACCAAAAGCUUACGUUGGGUCUUAUUUGGCUUAUUGCGUUGCAAUUCAAUGGACAGAGCCUAGUCAAAAGUCAUUCAGUUAAUGGCAUCGAAAAAUCACUACUAGCUUGGGCGAGACAGUUCACAAUAACUCGUGGUUUAGAUGUUACGGAUUUCUCAAAGAGUUGGACUGAUGGUAGAGCAUUUUUAAUGAUACUCGAUUCAAAUUUAGAUGAUAUUGAUUUAAUUAAAUCCGGUUUAAUUGCUCUAUUCUCCUAUAGCAAUUUGAUUUCUAGUAAUUUUGAUAUAUAG